AUCGCCACUAUAAUCAGAUCUCAACUGCCCACUCAAUGCACUCAAAUUUUUCGUCGUCUUCUUCGCGAGAACUCUUUGAUAGAAUUCUCAAGAACCCUAAUUUCUUUAGAUUUUCUCACUCAAAUUUCUGAGAAAAUGAAGAUUGUUGGCGCUAAUGUCCAUUUCCAGAAGUUGGAAGCCAAAUGCUCUUCACCAACGUUCUACCAAUCCUAUCUGGAGAUGAUUGCUGCUCAAGAACUCUCCGAAUUCCUUCAUAUGGAAAUUCGAUUCAAGUAUGAGAACGAAGUUCUUGAAUUCUACAAAAACGGAAAGAAGAAAUUGAAGGAGAAACUUCACCUUCCCAAUACUGGAAGUGAAAUUGGGAGACUUCCGGCCAAGAAUCUGGAUUGGAAGACUAUUGGGAUUUCUGGGCAAAUCCCCUCUGGUCCAGCGAAGAAAUCAGAUUUGAAGAAUGAUUACAAGUUAGUCCUGGAACUGGUCAUCGCAUGCCUUGAAUGUGGAAAUGGAGGACAUGCUGAUGACAUCACUCAAGAAAGGGCCUUCAUCAUCAACGCCCUCAUUACCAAAUCUAAGAAGGCAAGAAAUAUGGAGCCAGAUAUUGGCUUUACUACCUGGCUUCCAAAGGAGAACAAAGUCAGUUCAAUCGCAGAGGAAAGUUCUUCAGACAAUGUCCUUAUCAUGAGUCUGAAAAAGUCAGUAAAAAGGAAGCAAGUGGUGUCUCCCUCUCCCAGCGCUGAAGCACCACAGAAUCUAGCAUUGUUGAAUCUGGAAAAGAAGAAGAAGAAGUUUCUACCCAAGGAGAACUACAAAGGAAGAAGAAAAGGAAAAUCACCUCUCCCUCAACAUCUGGAAAUACCAACCCGGAUGAGUUGGUGGGAAGGGAACCUGUUGAGGAAACCUCUGCCCACAACCAAAGCCCUCAACAACUUGAUGAAGAAAUUCCUCAAGUUCAAAGUUCUCCAAUUCCUUCACCACAGGCUCAAGUUGAUGAUGCUGAGAACCAAUUCUGGCCGCUCUAUUAUGACUGGAGAGCUUGGAAGGAACUAUGAAGACUUGCAUCUGGAACACUUGGUCACCUCACCAGUUUCAGAAUUUGAAGCUGAUGAUGAGGAUCCUUCAGCCUACAAGCCAAUCUUUUCAAAGGCAACAGAAGAUCAGAUGGAUCUCACCACUGAAGCACAGGAGAAUGCAGCUUCUCCCCAACAAGAACAGUCUCAAACAACAUCAGAGGAAAAACUUCUUCAACUCCUCCAAUCUCACGUUCAAGAGAUUCUCACAACUCCUUGUGAGAUCUCCAAUCAGCAUGAACUUGAGAUUCCGGAGAAGUCAGAAGAAAAUUUGGAGAAGUCUACUCCUCCAGAAACAAAUGAAGUCCAAGAAGAUCAAGUUGUAGAAAUCCAGAGGAGUUUUGCAGAAGGUGAAAAGGAAGCUCAAAUAGAUGGACUAGAGACCUCUGAAACUCCAGCUGCUAUCUUUGAGCAAAACAUUGGACAAGAAGAAAGAGAUUCCUUCUCUAGGGAUAUCUCAAACUUUGUGCUUGAUGAGACAGAAGAGGAGUUUGAGAAAACCCUGAAGAUUGAUGAUGAUGAAGCUGAGCAAGGAGAUGCUGAAUCCCUCCCCUGCAACUCUUCCAUAGAGCACCUUCUUCUCAUUAGGCAAGAGAUAGAGCGGAUGGAAGCUAGGCAUAACAAGCUAAUGGAGAAAUCCAAAGAAAAAUAUUGCUCAGAUCUCAAGGAGAUAAGCAAAUCGGUGGACAAGACUCUAGAUAUUAUUUCUCUUUUGAGUAACUCUGUAAGCAACACAAUGGAAGCUUAUGCAUCUGAUUGUCAUCUUCAACUCAAAGAAGUUAAUAAAAUCAGAGAGCAAAUAGCAACUAUCACAAAGGAAGCAUUCAGGCUAUUCGGGCACUUUAGAACCUACACUGGCAAUCGCAACAUAGAUGUAAUUGUCCAACACAAUAGUCCAUCCCUAAUUCCACAGCUUCCUAUUGAAGUCAAGGAAGGAGAGCUCACUUACAUUCCAUUCCACCUGAACAUGACGGAACUGAUACUGGAAGCCCAGCAGAGCAAUCCAGAGAACUCAACUCAACAUCUAACAGACUCUGGCCUUGAUGGAUCAGAAGUUGUUGGAACCAUUGCCUCCCACUUCUCAGAUGAUGCACAAACAAAGGAGAGAUACAACAACCUCAGGUGCAUCAAAGAACAGUGUGGAAUUAUGCAAGGCAUUGGUGAGACUGCCGUAUCAUCAAAGUGCAGGAAGCAGUGAAGGCUUUUUUCAUCAAACCAGGGGGAA